UGGAGUGAGUUUUAGUUAAAUUUUCAACAGUUUUUUUGACUAGUGGGUGGUAAUGUUGUUCGGACUCUUCAAAAAUGUUAGAGCAACAUAUAGGUGGAAAGAAUUGUAAAAAGGUGAGAAAAAAUUGGGUAAUAGCAAGUCAAGUCUACCUGAUAGUGGUGAAACUCACUUAAGUUGUGUGGUUGAUAUGUAGCGUUAAAUCACGGGAAAUGGAAUUUAACUUGUUGAUGGUGCAGUGUGUGAUUUUUCUGCUGAGGAUUGUAAAUACCUCGCAUUAAAGGACGAUAUAUGUAGAAUGUAGAAUGUAGAAUUUAGGAUUAGGAUUGGAGUGAACUUCAGAUGAACUUAUGACAGUUUUUUGACUAGUGAAUAUUAGUAGAUGUUUUUGAAGGGAAAGAGUUUUUAAAGUUUAGAUGGGCUGAGAAUUUGGUAAGAUGUGUUGAAUGCAUAAUUUUUCAGUUGCGAUAACCGGAUACCUGCUGAAACUGCACUAAGUUGUGCAGUUGAUACCUAGCAUUAAAUCGCAGUAAAUGGAUUUUACCCUGGUUGAUGUGCUAUUUUUAGAAUUUUCGAGUGGCUACGGUGUUUAUGAUUAGGGAUAAUUUGAGGCUAAUUUUUAAGAGGCUUGGACUAGUAGGUAGAUCUGUUCAAUCUGUAAUGAACUUACAGCAAUUAGCAUUUGGAAGAUAUUAAGCUAAAUAUUGAAAUGAAUAUGACCUGAGAAGAGUGGAAUGAAUUUAGAGGAUUCAUAUAGCAGAUGAUAACUAUUUGAGAUUGAGCAUAGUUGCUUUACUUUUCCAACUGACAGUACCAGGGACCUGCUAACUCUAAUAAGGAAUCUGUGAAAAAGAAAUUUGUGAUUUGGUAGAAUGCGCUCUUUACUUCAUCGCUCUACCUCACAGUUCAGGCUGCUAUUCUUAUUUUGUAUUAGGAAUUUUUCUAACGGGCAGAGUUCAUUUUAUAGUAUAGAAUCAUUUUUUCGUGGUAAGACACUCAGUUAUGGCUUUAAGGGGGAGGGAGGUUCUCACCUCUCAUUUGUAAAACCAAGUUGAGCUACUUCUUUAACUGGUGUUUUUGGUCUACACAAAAUUGGGUUGUCGCAGAGGUUACAAUUCUUUUUGUCACUACCUAAGUCAAUAUUGUGUAUCAGUAGUCAAUGCUUUUUUUUUUUGAUAACCGUGGUGUCCGGGCCAGCUUUCGUGCACCUCGACUAAAUUCACGGGAUGCCUGUCACCUCCAACGACAUAUAUUAGGUAACUCAGUUCCCCAAGGCUAGGACAAAUGACAAGAAUAACCUAGUGCUAUUUUGUCUUUGUAUUUGAACCUGAGACCUUGGUCUCAUGUUCUGAACCCGUUUCAUUGACCACUAGGUCACACCCUUGGGUGCAUCAGUAGUCAAUUUUUUCUUAAUUCUCGAUAGUCUCCCUUAGAGGUUUUUUCCCUUGAUAAGGCAUAGUACUUUAUCAAAAAGAGAAGUACCAAGAAGGGUUUAUAUGGAAAGUCCGCUCAGCUGGUAACAUGAACAUGAAUUAUAUUCUAUUCUAAUUCUAUAUUCUUAAGAGAAUACCCCACCCUAACCAUUCUUUUAAGACCACUAAGCUCAUAGUUUUAACCUUUUUCCAUCUUAAGAGAAUAUUUGCUAUAAUCCUUUUGCAAGCAGCAGCAAGCUUGUUGAAGCAAAAGCUAUUGGUAAAUUUCUUUAGCACAAUUCUCUGGUGCUUCCAGUGGUUGGUCAUUUAAGGUGUCAACGAUGAUACUAUCAGUUACUUGCUUAAUAACAAGUCCGUUGGUCAAGUGUGUGCAUUUUUUAACCUCGUGCAGGGGUUGGAUAUUAACGCAUUUUCCACGCUGUGUUAGAAGUAAUUAUGCAACUUCUUGAAGCGUUAGGCGCCAAGUUGUGUAAAGAAUUCGCUGACUUAGUGCAUUACAUGAUUAAUUAUUUAAGUUCAUGUUGUUGUGAACUUGCGCUAUCAACAUGUUGGAUGCUAAGCCUCUAGUUAUGCAACUUCUUGUAAUGUUAGGGUCGGGUUGUGUAAAGAAUUUGUUGACUUAGUGCAGUACAUGGAUUAAUCACUUAGAUGCAUGUUGUUGUGACUUGAGGAGUUAACAUGUUUGGUCUCUAAUAGGAAGAAGUAUCUGAUAUGUAGCAUAUAUUUGAGGAUCCUAGUUGUUCAUUAUCGUGAUCAUGUUGUAAUGGUCAUCUCUUGUUCCCUCCAAUCUGAACUUGUUUUGCUGGUGCUCUAAAGCUCCAGAGGGACAAGGAAAGAGCCAAAUUGGAAAGGAAGAAAGAAAAGAAAAGGGAGAAGAAUGAGAGGAACAGAGAGAAGAAGCGAAAGGCAAAGCAGGAAUCAAGUUCAAGUUCUUCUCGAAUUGGUAAUUUGAUCUCUGGAGGAGAUAAUAGGGAGUUGAAAACUAGUCACUUGCAGAAAGAUAUUGGGAAUGAAAUUGUUGAGCAUUUGGAGAACAGCAGUCUAUCCGAGGAACACGGCCAGCCUGUCUGCUCACAAGAACCAAGCUACUCAUCUUACGGCACCCAGAAUAACAAUAAAAGAAAGAAAUCUACCUCACCGUUAAAUGGAAUGCAUGGCCAUGGUACUGUUGUUCGCAUUCUAGUGUCGUCACAUACGCACGGACAAUGUGAUAUAUCUAACAAACAAGACUGCUUCAAAGAAGCCGCUAAACAUGAGGCAGAAAGAGCCUCCUCUCCCUUGCCGAAUACCAACAACCAAUUGUUCUUCCCUGUCAUGUCAGUUUCAGGACAGCACUCAUUGUCUUCUGGGUGGACAGAGCCAGAGCCCAUUGCAGACGACAAGACAACAACUGCUUUUUUCUCCAAAUUGCCCGAGAAUGAUAUAGAACUAAGACAGUUCAAGAAUUUGAUUCUUAACUGUGCUCCACCAACUCUCCACUAUGACUACGAUGAUCAAGAUUGGCUGUUCCAAAGAAAGCAUAAGUGCACGAGAGUGAAGGAAAAAGGCGAAGUCAGCAACGACAUGUCUUGUGGCACCUCUGCAUUGUUGCCGCGUGCGCAAUACCUUGACGAUGCUGAAUUAUAUGCAUUCCCCUUCACAAUACCUUUUUGAGUUGCUUCUUGUAAAUUUGAGCUAGAUCCUUCCGCCUAGGGGAGAGAUUGUGGAAUAUCAAUCUCAUCGAGAUCAUACCUAAUCCCUAAAUUUCAUGCAGAGACAUUUGUGUUAUUCUUUUGGUUUUCCUCGGCCAGUAAUAUCAUGAAAUCUUUGUGCUGGUCUA